GAAUGACCUUCUUGAUCCAAAUCAGUCAGGUUUCAAGACUAGUCAUUCAACUGAGACUGCUCUUCUCUGUAUCACGGAGGCGCUCCGCACUGCUAAAGCUAACUCUCUCUCCUCUGCUCUCAUCCUUCUAGACCUAUCGGCUGCCUUCGAUACUGUGAACCAUCAGAUCCUCCUCUCCACCCUCUCCGAGUUGGGCAUCUCCGGCGCGGCCCACGCUUGGAUUGCGUCCUACCUGACAGGUGGCGAAUCGCAUCUCUGCAUGUCUGGCAGACAUAUCAGUGUGGAUGACGGAUCACCACCUCAAGCUGAACCUCAGCAAGACGGAGCUCCUCUUCCUCCCGGGGAAGGACUGCCCGUUCCAUGAUCUCGCCAUCACGGUUGACAACUCCAUUGUGUCCUCCUCCCAGAGCGCUAAGAACCUUGGCGUGAUCCUGGACAACACCCUGACGUUCUCAACUAACAUCAAGGCGGUGUCCCGUUCCUGUAGGUUCAUGCUCUACAACAUCCGCAGAGUACGACCCUGCCUCACACAGGAAGCGGCGCAGGUCCUAAUCCAGGCACUUGUCAUCUCCCGUCUUGAUUACUGCAACUCGCUGUUGGCUGGGCUCCCUGCCUGUGCCAUUAAACCCCUACAACUCAUCCAGAACGCCGCAGCCCGUCUGGUGUUCAACCUUCCCAAGUUCUCUCACGUCACCCCGCUCCUCCGCUCUCUCCACUGGCUUCCAGUUGAAGCUCGCAUCCGCUACAAGACCAUGGUGCUCGCCUACGGAGCUGUGAGGGGAACGGCACCUCAGUACCUCCAGGCUCUGAUCAGGCCCUACACCCAAACAAGGGCACUGCGUUCAUCCACCUCUGGCCUGCUCGCCUCCCUACCACUGAGGAAGUACAGUUCCCGCUCAGCCCAGUCAAAACUGUUCGCUGCUCUGGCCCCCAAUGGUGGAACAAACUCCCUCACGACGCCAGGACAGCGGAGUCAAUCACCACCUUCCGGAGACACCUGAAACCCCACCUCUUCAAGGAAUACCUAGGAU